AUGCCCACCAGACUGAAGUACGUGGCCAGGCUUAGAUUGCUGGAUUCUUGUUUUCUCGAUACAUUUUCCAUCUCUCCUGGCUGUGCCAUGUGGAUGUGGAUGCAGCUGCAAGCUGCGGUCGGUCUUGUUUGGAAGCCGCCGGGUUCGAAAUUGGCAAAGGGGUAUACAUUUCGAGGUCCGUUUUUGUACAAAUGA